UUGAAAAAUAUAAAAUAUUAAAAUUUAGUGGUGAACAAAAUAAUUUAAAAGUGAAGAAAAUAGUAAUUCUUAAAAGAAUUAAUAAAGGGCAAAAAUUAAAUAAUAAAAUUACAAUUAUUUAAAUUUUCAUGUUACGUGUCGCAUACCUGUGGUUGAUUAAGCAUUUGUGAAAUUCACAAUACCACUGACCAUUCAUUAUGAGUUAAAAAUUAAAAUUAAGUUAAAAAAAUAAAAACAAAACAAAAAAAAAAAUUGAAAAAUUUUUUUUUUCACGGAAUCAAACCUAAUUGACAGUGAAUGGAAAAUAUGGAUCUCACUAUGGAUUGGCAACAAGGAGAUCUUGUUUGGUUUGAUCCAGGAUUGGGUCAUCCAAUACCAGGUGAAGUUCAAGAAGUACACAGAGCAACACAAUUGAUAAUUGUACAAGCUUUAAUAAAAGGAAAGCCACAAACAUUUACAUUACAACCUGGUGAAGGAAGUUUGAGACCACGUCAGGAUUUAGGUAGUACUGGAGUUGAAGAUAUGACACAACUUGAAGAUUUACACGAAGCAUCUUUAUUAUGGAAUUUAAGACUACGUUAUGAUAAAGGAUUAAUAUAUACAUUUGCUGGAAGUAUAUUAAUAGCUGUAAAUCCAUAUAAAAUGUUUCCUGAAUCAUAUGGUAUUGAAAUAGCAAAGCAAUAUGCUGGAAAGCCGAUUGGUGCAUUAUCACCACAUUUAUUUGCGAUUGGAGCUGCAGCACAUGCUGCACUACCAUCACCUCAAGUUGUUGUUAUCUCGGGGGAAUCAGGUGCUGGCAAAACUGAAUCAACAAAAUUAGUAAUGCAAUAUUUAGCUGCUGUUGUACCAGGGGGCGGUUCUGCAUCAGCUGUUAUAACAGAACAAAUAUUAGAAGCAGCACCAUUACUAGAAGCAUUUGGAAAUGCAAGAACAGCACGUAAUGAUAAUAGCUCGAGAUUUGGAAAAUAUUUAGAAGUAUAUUUUAAAUCGGGUGCAAUUGUUGGAGCAAAAAUAACACAAUAUCUAUUAGAAAAAUCUCGGAUUAUAACACAAGCCCCGGGUGAGCGUAAUUAUCAUGUUUUUUAUGAAAUGCUUGGUGGUUUAGCUGAAGCAGAAAGAACAAAAUAUGGUUUGCUAGAUGCUGAUAAAUAUUUUUAUUUAAAUCAAGGCGGCUCAGAUUGUGCUCCAGGACGUGUAGAUUGGGAAUCCUUACAAGGCGCUAUGCAAGUUCUUGGAGUUUCAGAGAAUGAACGUGAAGGGAUAGUUCGUGUUUUAGCAUCAGUUUUACAUUUAGGUAAUGUGUAUUUUCACAGACGUCAGUUACGUCAUGGUCAAGAAGGCGUUGAAGUUGGUUCAGACGCUGAAAUAAAAUGGGCAGCACAUUUAUUACAUAUUUCUGCUGAAGGUUUACAUCGUUCGUUAACAACAAGAAUAACAGAAGCAAGAUCUGAACGAUUACAUACACCUUUAGGAAUAGAUCAAGCAUUAGAUUGCCGUGAUGCAUUUGCUAAAUCGCUUUAUUCAGGGCUUUUCAAUUGGUUGGUUUCAAGGGUAAAUUCAAUUGUGCAUAAAGGUGGAACUCAUGACGCUCAUCGGAUAUCAAUUUUAGAUAUAUUUGGAUUUGAAGAUUUAGCUGAAAAUUCAUUCGAACAACUUUGUAUUAAUUAUGCUAAUGAAAACUUACAACUUUAUUUUAACAAGCAUGUCUUUAAAUUAGAACAAGCAGAGUAUGCGAGAGAAAGACUUGAGUGGACACCUUUAACAUGGGAAGAUAAUUUGCCGGUUAUUCACUUAUUAGCAAAGAAACCGGUUGGAAUAUUUCAUCUUCUUGACGAUGAAUCCAAUUUUCCAAGAGCAAGCGACAUGAGCUUUUUAGAAAAAUGUCAUUACAACCAUGCUCUAAACGAAUUAUAUUCAAGACCAAGAAUUGGUGCUCAAGAAUUUGGUAUAACACAUUACGCAGGUCAAGUUUGGUAUUGUGUUGAAAGUUUUUUAGAUAAAAACAGAGAUGCUUUACGACCUGAUGUCUUGGAGCUUUUAAGUACAAGCAAACUGCCACUGGUAGAGGAAAUGACAAAACAAUUACGUGCUCAAAGAGAAUUCGGGAAAUCAUUGCCAAAAGGAAACAAUGGACGAUUCGUAACUAUGAAACCAAGAACUCCUACUGUAGCUGCAAGAUUUUCAGACUCACUUCAACAGUUAUUGCAAUCGAUGGGGAGAUGCAAUCCGUGGUUUGUCCGUUGCAUUAAGCCUAACAAUGAUAAACAAGCUCUUAAAAUGGAUAUGCCUUGUGUAUUGCAACAACUCCGCUAUCUUGGAAUGUUAGAUACAAUCCAAAUUAGACAAAAAGGUUAUCCAGUUCGACUACGAUUUCAACAUUUUGUUGAAAGGUAUCGCCACUUAAUGAAAGGAGCCUUGCCCAGAGGAACUCCAUAUAGAGAACUAUGCAGAUCAAUGCUUGAAACUCUUCCGAAAACUGGAGUAGAAGGCCCAGACUUCCAACUUGGAGCAACUAGAGUGUUCUUGAGAGAAGCAUUGCACAGAAUGUUGGAAGGCGGGAGAUCUGAUCGGCAAAAGAACGCGGCCGUUAUAAUACAAAAAAAUGUACGUGGUAUGCUUGUACGGAAGAAGUUAAAUAGACAGAAAAAAGCAGCAACUAAAAUUCAAUCAGUAUGGAGAGCUCAUAAACACAAAAAGAGCUUCCAUCGUUUACGAAAAGCUACAGUUAAAGCUCAAUCAUUGUGGAGAGGAAAAUUACAACGUAAACGUUAUCACAAAAUGAAAGCUGACUUGAAAAGGCGAUUGGAAGCGCAAAAAGCAGCUAAAGAAAGAGAGGCUAAAAAAUUGGCUAAGGAGCAAGAAAGAACUCAUAUUGCUUUUCUAGACAUACCAGCAGAGCUUGCUUUUAUUGUUUCUAAAUUAGAAGGAUGGACUCCAAUACAUGGAGAUCGUCAUUUAGUAAAAGUGGUUGGUACAGUUCCGGGCCCCCCAAUUGCUGGAGAUUUACCAAAGGAUUUAGAUCAAUUUGGUUUUGGAAAAUUUAGUUCAGUUUAUUGUAACGGGUUGAAACUUUCCCCUAAAAGAGAGCCGAUAGUAUCACCAUUUUUGUCUCGUGCUGCCAGCAGAGAUCAAGAUUUUCAAGAUUCUAUUGCCGUUUUCAAAUUAAUUUUGAGAUGGGCUAAUGACACAUCAAUGGAUAACAACAAAGAAAAAAUUUUAGCAGAUUAUAUAGUUCAUAAAGGUCUAGCUUCUAGAGGUUUAAGAGAUGAAAUAUUAGUUCAAUUAUGUAACCAAGUUUAUAGAGCUGAAGAAGCACAAGCUUUCAGAAUUUGGCAAUUAAUGGCUCAAUGCUUAUCUUGUUUUCAACCCGGAUCCGCAUUUAGUAAAUACUUGAUGAAGUUUAUCAUAGAAAAUGCUCCAUCUUCGAUGAAGGAACUUCUUUUGAAAAAGUUACUUAGAAAUACAGGAAAUUACCAAUCGUCCCCUUGCAGAUCAUUCCCGCCAUCUUGGAUUGAAUGGCGAGCUACCCAAAAACUGUCAGAUAUUGCCGUAGCAUUAACUAUGCCUGAUGAUUUAACCCAAACUGUAGCGAUUGAUUCUUGGACAACAUGUGAAGAGGCGGCAUCGCUAGCUGUUUCGACUUUGGGGAUUCCAAAUCAAGGAUGGACUGUAGUACUCGACGACGCUGGACAAAUAACGGAUUCUUGCGGUUUAGAUUUUGUACUAGAUUUGUUAGCAGAAAAGGAAUUAUGUCCAGCGUUUCCAGCCGGUCGCAGCGAUUUAUUAAGAUCAGGCAGAAAAUCAUCUCAAACUCUAGGUAAUGAUUCUGAGCCUAGUAGCCCUAAAAGACCGCAAGUUCCUCCACCAGAACCACCACAAUCAAAAACACCCACUCCAAAAUUAGAAGCACCAAUACCGCAACCUCAUGUAGAAAAGAAAAUGGAAUUCCAACGACCAUACGCAGAAGGCCCUUCUCGUAAAACUUCUCACGAUUUGUUAUCUAGAAGUUCUGCAUUAAAUGAAAGGUAUUUUGAAACAGAAAAAACCCGAUCAAGAUCUUUAGAUGACCUACUGUCGGGAGAUGGGCCUGAAAUAAUGGCCAAUCCUGAGCCACAACCUCUUGUUAAACUUGGUCUUUCUCAAAGUCGAUUAAAUGAACGGUAUCAUUCAGCAGAGCGUUUAGCACCACUCAACCCGAAAGAAUCAACUCCACGAUUUCAAAAAUCACAAUAUGCCGGAAAAAGAUCCCAUGGUGGUUCUCACUCCAGUAAAUAUGGACAAAUGGACAAAUCUGAAUAUCAAACACGAUCAUCAGCAAUGUCUGAUACAAGUGAAGCUCCCUCAUUGGCUAGUCAUGUAAGAAGAGUACGCGUGCCAUCUCAAGCAUCUGAUGUUGAUCAAUUUUUAGAUGACUUAUUUAGCCCUGUAUUAGAUGGAUCGCUAGAUGAACUUUCAGAUGCAAGGUCUUUGGCCGCUAGUAUUCGUGGCGGUGGAACUAUUAAUUUCGAAAGUGAAGGAUUUAUGCUAGCACCAUUAAUGGAUUCUUGCAUCAGUAACCUAAAUAAUGCAAACAUUUUAUCUAAAUCUAUCAAAGGUGGAGGUGAUAAAAAAGAUGAAAUUUUCAACAAAGAAGCUGGAACGAUAGAUCAAUAUAUUUCAGAAUUAAUGGAAACAAUAUCAAUUGAUGAAUCAAUCGAUAACUUAGCGGCAAAAACAGUUUUAACUGACGUCAUAAAAGGUGGUGGAACUACACAUCAAAAUACUAAUGGAAAUGGAUUUGGAUCCAACACUUCAGUUAUGUCACCGCUUUCGCCUAUCACAACAAAUCCCUUAUUGAUGAUGGGAAAUGUUAGUCAAGACAAUUUAUCACAAAUUAUAAAUCUCCCAACAUCAAGUGAUCCGGCUUAUCAAACACAAAUUCAGAGAGCGUUUUUGCAAUCAGCAAUGGCACAGAAUUUACAAAUUCAACAACAACUCCUAGCACAAAAUCAAGCAUUGCAAACUUUAUUAAGCCAGCAGGAAACACCACCACUAGCUCCAGUGUCCCCAACAGGUGUGUCGAUGUCACAAACGAGUACAACGCGAAUUCAUUUAGAAACCUCAUCAUCAGCUGCGCCGCGAAAACAAAGCUUCAAGAGCAGAAAUUCUCAGUUCACGGAACCAGAUCGAAAUCGCAAAGCCUCUUCAGAUAGUGGUGGCAGUCUCAUACCACCGCCACCACCUCCUCCAAUGCCUCCUCCUUUGGAAUUCAAAGACCCUUCAGAAGCAAGACCAUUUUUAGAUCCAUAUGGACGAGCGAAAACAGUACGUAUUGGUAAAUGGAGAUGGCCUCCUCCACAAGAUAGUCAAACUGAGUUAACAGAAGAAGAAAAUUUCAUGCUGUUCAAAAUGAGACAAAAUCAACGCAAGAGUACUCCACAAUCACAAAACCAUAGUAGUGCAGGAUCUCCAAAUGGUUCAACAGUAGAAUGGGAAGAAUUUGAAGUAGAACACAGUAAAAUUGUGCCAAUCACACAUCAACCAACAGGUCCAAUUCGUAAACAAAAUAAAAUGGAAUCACCUACAAGAAAAGAGUCUGAGCCAGUAAUUCCAGUUGUCAUAAAAUCAAAUAAAAGAAGCUUUGAUAUUGGAGCUGAACGCCCAGCUCCUGGUAGUGUUGGAAAAUUAAAGUUAAGUUCCGAAAUGCGGCAAAGGCUAGAACAAGUUACCGCUGGACAUUCUGUUAGAUCAACCGUAAGCACCAGAUCGGAACAAAGAGCCCCUACAAAACUAGAAGAAACGCGAAAACUUAUGUUACAACAACAACUUAGUGGAGGUUUUAUGAAUGGAAGCGAAGAUCACACUUCUGUAAGAUUGCAAAUUGAAAGAAUGGAAGCUGGCAAUCGUCCGCCUCCACCCCCUUGGCCAGCAGUUAUUCCACCGGCUCCAUCAGGUCCAGCUCCACCACCACCUAUAAGACCACCUAAUUCACCACCCCAAAGUAAAUCUAAUAUGAUUGUAACAAGACAAAUGCGCCAUACUGAAAUUGAUAUAGACUAUCAAAAGCAAGAUAUUCCUGCUUUUGUCCAACGUCAAGAAAGGGAUACAUUUGGCGUUCGUCAUCAAUGGAAUGGAUCAGAUAUAUCAAAAGACACAUAUGAUUCAUGGGGGAGAGCUGAAGCUGCAAAAUUAGAUAUGGUAUAUGAAACCAGUUUCAAGAAGGAAAUUACUAUUGAUAGAGAUCGUUCAAGAUCUAGAUCUAGAUCAAGAGAUCGAGAAAAUUUUUCUGAAUCUGUAUGGGAUCGAUCGGAAGUUGAAGGUCCUGCUUCAAGUGGUAGUGACAGAGAACGAGAAAAAGAACGAGAAAAACGUGACCGGAUAUAUGAAAUACGACAAGUUGAGAGAGAAAAAGAAAGCAAUAAAGUAUAUCAGCCAGCACCGCCAAAAGUCACGCAAGCACAUAUGGAACGCGAACGAGAAAGAGAACGUGAAUUAGAGCGACAACGAGAAAGAGAAUUAGAUAGACAGCGUGAUCGAGAACGCGAGCGAGAAAGAGAUCGCGAAAGAGAACGUGAAAGAGAACGCGAAAGAGAACGCGAAAUAGAAAGAGAACGUGAGAGAGAAAAUGAAUUACAUCGUGACCGAGAACGUGAACGUGAAAGAGAACGGGAACGUGACAGAGAUCAUCAGAGAAAGUCUACGUCCAGUCAAAUAACUUCGAGUGAUCGUGCCACAUUUAAAACGCAUAUGGCACAAAAAUAUGCCAAGGAGCGAGAACGAAAAACAUCAGCUUCAACAUUAAUUUCAGCUAGUACAGAAAAACAUGAUGAAACUGAUGUUGCUGAUGAAUGGCCAGUACCCAUAAUACCAGCACCAGUUCCUGCUCCACCAUCAUUAAAAGCCCCAGCUAAUGCAUGCUUAACAUAUAAUCGUGUAUUAUGGAAACUUCGUAUUCGUAAAGAAGUUUUUCAUCCAAGUGAACCAAUUGGACCUCCUAUUGCACUCGAUUUAUUAUUUAUACAGAUAGCAUCAGAUGUUUUUUGUUUAACAUCUUGUUUAAGAAUUUCACCUCAAGAACGAAGAAAUGCUAUAAAUUUGUUAAAUGGACAUGGUGUUAAUGAAGAAAAUUUAAGAGGGCAGGUAAGAGCUAUUGUUAAAAGACACCUAAUAGACAUGGCAAGAAGUUGGCCGUUAUAUUUUGCACGUUUAUUUACUGUCAAUGGUGCUCCACAAUUUCCUGAUGUUUCAAUAUUGGCCAUAUCACAUAAUGGAGUAUAUUUAGCUAGACGUGAUGCUGAAUAUCUAAUUGUUGUAAGAUCGUUGCCAUUUGCAGAAUUACAAGGAGCUAUAACAUUACCAAGACCAGCUGCAUUACAAUUAAAUAUGAGAAACGGUAAUCGUUUGACAUUACAUGCAAUAAGAGCACCAGCAAUACAACAAAUGGUUCAAUUAUUCUGUCAAGAAUUCAGAAAGGCACAAUCAAAACAUUCAACAUUAUCAUCAGGCGCAAGAGCUGCAGCUCAAACCCUUAAUGUUCCUCUUGAACGUCUUGAAUCCCGUGAAUCACAUCAUCGUGAUUCAGUAUCAAGUGUUGAGAAACAUCAUCGUACUAGUCAUCAUCGUAUGGUCAGUGGCCAUGAAAUUGAUCAUCAACAGCAGCAACAACAACAACAACAACAGCAACAUAAUCAAAUUAAUGGUCAUAGGCAUCAUAGCCAAAUAAAUAAUAAUAAUGCAAGUGGUAGCGGUAUUAUUGGUAGUGGUGAUAUUGUUAGUCAACAUCUUCAUCAUGGAAAUUCACAUCAUUUAGAACAAAUUGAAAGACAUUUAAUUAAACAACAGCAAGCAAUGCAUCAUGCAGCACGUAAAAUGUCAAGAGAAAAUCAUUUAGAAUCAUCUUUAUUGGGACAUACAGCUGAUGAUGAAGAUAUACCAAAUUCAUCACAAUCAAUAACGAAAUAUUCUCUAUUACAAUUUGCAAUGCAACAUUUUAGAAAUGAUGUAUCACCUGAAGAACAUAGGACAAGCUCAGCUGGUUCACGUGGUGAGAAACGUUCAACUUCCUCAGCAAGAUCAUAUGCUGAUCUUGUUAAAUGGCAAGGAACACCAAUAAGAGCACCAUUAUUACGAUUACCUCCAGAUUUAGCUUCUUUGUCAUUAGAAUGUUUUGAUUGUAUUCUAAGAUAUUGUGGAGAUAUUCCACCAGAUCCAGAAAUGUCUGAAGUUAAAUGUGUCUACACAGUUUUAAUGCAUUGUCACAAAUAUUUAGCCUUACGAGAUGAAGUUUAUUGUCAAUUAAUGAAACAAACUACAGCGAAUCGUUCUCCAUGCCCAGAUUCAUCUCAAAGAGCUUGGCGUUUAUUAAGUAUAUUAGCCGCGUAUUUUGGUUGUUCAGAAGCUUUAAGACCGUAUCUAAUGGAACAUUUAACAACAGCUGCAUCAGAUCGUAGACGUUCGUGUCAUGGUACAGCAGCUGUUUGUUUAACUAAUUUAAGAAAAACUGCUCGUUGUGGUGGACGUAAAAAUGUGCCAAGCGUUGAAGAAGUAACUGCAGUUUCAGCUGGACGAUCUGCACGUCGUCAAAUAUAUAGACUCCCUGGUGGAGCUGAACGUGUUGUUAAUACAAGAUGUUCAACUGUUGUUGCUGAUGUUAUUGCAGAAUUAUGUUUACUUUUGGGUAUCGAAUCUGAAGCUGAACAACAAGAAUUCUCAUUAUAUUGCAUAGUACAAGGUGAUGCAUUUACUAUGCCAUUAGCAGCCGAUGAAUAUAUAUUAGAUGUUACAACAGAAUUAUUAAAAUCAGGGCAACCAUUUUAUUUGAUAUUCUGUCGUAGUGUUUGGCAUUUUCCAUUAAAAAGGGAUCCAGCACCAACCCCACUUUAUGUUGAAGUACUAUUUAAUCAAGUCGCACCAGAUUAUUUAGAAGGUUUACUACUAGAAUUACCAAAUGGUAAUGCACCACCCCCAGAAAUUGUUCACGAUAUGGCAAGAAUUGCUACAUUAUUACAUAGAGCUGCUGAUUUAAAUCAUGUUCCAGCAAUGAAAGAAAUUAAAUUUUUGUUACCAAAACCAGCAUUAGGUAUUAGAGAAAUUCGACCAGCUCAAUGGGUUGGUUUAGUGCAAAAUGCUUGGCCAGCGAUAGCUGGGUUAAGUCCUGGUCAAGUUAAAGCACAAUUUUUAGGUGUAUUAUCGACAUGGCCAUUAUUUGGAAGCAGUUUCUUUGCUGUUAAAAGAAUUUGGGCAGAAGAAGGACCACAUGUUGAAGAUUCGAAUCCGAUGUGGCGUGACCUUAUAUUAGCAUUAAAUCGUCGCGGUGUACUUUUCUUAGAUCCAAAUAGUCAUGAAACAUUACAACACUGGCCAUUUAUGGAAGUAAUAUCAACUAGAAAGGUACGCUCUGAAGAUGGAGCUCUUUUCUUAGACAUGAAAGUUGGUAAUUUAAUGCAACAACGUGUUAUACGCGUACAAACCGAACAAGCUCAUGAAAUUUCUAGGCUAGUAAGACAAUACAUCACAAUGGCCCAAGUCAGUAUGAGAGACAGACGAGAUAGGGAUCGGGAUUAAAAUAUAAACAAAAAUUAAUCUGAAAACUUUUUAAUAUAAAUCAUAAAAUUGUUUUUAUGUAAUUAUAUACAAAUAUUUUUAUUAUAAUAUAUAAAUUUUAAGUUAAAAUAAUAUUAAUUAUGGUAUGUUAUAUACAUUAUUAUAUAAAAAUAUACAUUAUACAUAUGUGAAACAGAAAAUUCUUAUUUUUCCAAUACAGCUCAUUCUAAAUUGUAUUUUAAAUUUUGUCAAAAAUAUAUUUUUUUUGUAUUCUUUAAUAAAUUUUAUUUUAUGUAUUUGAGCUAAGUAUAAAAUGCAAAAUAAAAUCCAAUACUUACGUAAAUAAUUUUUUUACUUGUUAAUCUUGAUUCUAGAACAC